UGUUUUUCUUCAAGUCAUAUUACGGUUUCGUAGCUGCGUAAAAAAUAACAUUGUCCUUAAAUAAUUUAUAAACGGUUGUACUAAGUAGUACAGAUAUUUCUGCAUAGAAAGCCCACGCUGGCAAACGGCAUUUUUAAUGGUGAAAUUUUGAUUCAUUAAGCAGUUUGAGCAGGAUGGGGCUUGUUUGUUCUGUAAAGACGGUUUUAUCAGCUCGAAACACACACAGGAAUUCCGGUUUGGGAUUGUCCGUCCAAUUCCUGACUUCCACAGGAAAGCUUGCAUAAAAAGCAACUGAAAAACGCCCAAAGGCAUUUCAUUUCUUUCCAGGCGGUUCACGGGGCACAUCAAGCAAUUUACCCGUCGUCCGUAUCAUAAUAAAAAACUUUGGGAUGAGAUUAAAAGAAACUGAAAGCAUGGAAGAAGAGGGCAAAUGGCCCGUCAGACGCUACGGCUGCUGUCAAUGGCAGCUGCUUUUGGCAGGACGUGAAGCUCCUGCAAGCUGGGGGUGAGAGACGGUAGCUGCAGCCCUGUCUUCAAAUCCAUGUGAGACGCUGCCUGAGCAUCCAGCGUUCCACUCCUUCUGCCCACGCCCGCCUCCAGCACUGCACUCCCCCGGCUGAGAGAGAGCGGGAGAGCCAGGCAGAGAUGUACCCAGUUUUCCUCCUCCUGUCUUCCUUGCUCUUUGUUCAUACGUCCUGCACAUCCCAUAUCUUCAGGAACCAUGGGCGGAGAGUGUGUCUCAGAGAUGCCCCCCAGCACAGCCCUGUCCUGCACACGGAGUCCUUUGUCCAGACAGUCCAUAAACCUUACUUAACCCUCUGUCACGAUCAUCGACUCUGCAGCACAUACAAGACGAUGUACAGAGUAUCAUAUCGGCAGGUGAGCCUCACCGUACCGGUGUCAUACUCCUAUCCAGAGUGCUGUCCAGGAUGGCGGAGAUUCUAUUCACACAACUGUAACCAAGCGGUGUGCUUCCAGCCCUGUGUCAAUGGGGGCACCUGCAUACGACCAGAUCAUUGUUCCUGUGGCGUGGGCUGGACCGGACGACGCUGUCAGACAGACCUGGAUGAGUGCAGUGGUCCACACCCCUGUGCCCAGCAGUGCUUUAACACCCCUGGCAGCUAUCAAUGUGGCUGUCUGGAUGGCUACCAGCUGGCCAGGGAUGGGCGCUCUUGCCAGGCGAUUCCUCUGCCUGUCACCACCGCUGUUCCUACUGCCACCCCAGAGAGUGGGAAGGCCAGGGCAGACGACGCUGUUACAGAGGAGGUGCAGAGCUUGAAGAACAGAGUGGAAGUGCUGGAGCAGAAGCUGCAGCUCGCCCUGGCUCCUUUCGACAGCCUCUUCUCACGGUCUCUGGGCGAGGACGUGGCUGAGAAGACCAGCUUCCUGACCCACUCCUUCCAGCAGCUGGACCGCAUCGACUCGCUGAGCGAGCAGGUCGGCUUCCUGGAGGAGCGGCUCGGAUCCUGUGAGUGUUCCUCCCCACAUCGCGGCUGAUACAAUCCAUCCAACCCUUUUGGGAGAUCUUUGCCUCACUCUCUCCCAAUAUCAGCAUCAGUCCUAAUUUUUACAGAAUAACCUUUUCUGAAACUAAGUGAUGUACGGUUUGGUUUACGUUCUUUGCCAAAACUAUCAAAAUGACUUAGUGUUUUACAAGAGCAGUGACUUGGUGGUUACCUGGCCUGUGGGUUUGAUUUCCACCCUCGCUGCUGUCUGUGCCCUCCUACAGCCAGAUAUGCAAUGAUGUGAUUGUCUGUCUCUAAACUGCCCGGAGUAUGAGAGUGAGGCCACAUGAGAGCUGGCAUCCCAUCCAGGGAGUGAAUGGAUGUUUUAUAGGGUUCAAAAUAAUCUUUUGAACUAAGCUGCCACUUACCAUAUGAAACAGCUUGUUAAACUUUUACCAAGAUAAUUUUUCCCUGAAGUGGCAAAAGAAGGCAGCUGUUAAAAGGUGAGAUACAUCUCUGAAUAAUCCCCGGUAGAAAAGAGAAUUCUUGUGACUGUGGGUAAGAGCAUCUUUGAAUAAAUGUGAUGCAGAAAUAUUAAAGGCUUCUGUUCUGUUUGUACUCCAAGGUUCCUGCCAAGAAAAUUAAAUGCAGAAAGACAAACCUGACCAGAGGAAAUAAAAAAAAGCUCUUCGUUUCCAAGUUGGCUUCUACGGGUUUACAAGCCUUCAUGCACCAAAAGCAGAGUCUUUCGGCCAGGAUGAGGAAAACAAAGAACUCUGCCUGAGCAAAAAACAUCUAUGUAGCCUAUUUAUUUGAUAGGUAUUGGUUUCUAAGUGUAACCAUGAUUUAAAUGUAACCAGUUCUUAAUUCCCCAUAUUUAGGAGCCGAACUGUGAGGAGUAAGUUUGCUUAGUCUCCUGAUCGUUCAUUUUUCAGAACAUAAUUCCCCUUUAGGAGGAUCUUACUUUAUUAUAUUGUUUAAUGAGCAAAAUGCACAAGAUGCUAUUGAAAAGGAUGUGGUGGAACUAUGAAGUGAUAACUUGGCUUGGUUUUUGUUAAAGUUCUUCACAGGCCACCCACAACCUGUGCAAAAGCUCUUUCGCCCAUUCGGAUGUUUGUACUUGUAUUCUCGCUUAAAUAAGAAUGUGAUGCACUACCUGUAAUUGGUUGUUUUUUUACUGAAAAUUAUUUUGCCAAUAAAAGCAGAAAAUUACCUCAAA